AUGUUGCCCACGCCGCUGCGCGAGGUCAAGCCCAAAAACGCGCGCACCAAGCGGCUCCUCGCCGCGCGCGAGCCGCAAAUCCACGAAAACCCGAAAACAACCCUCUUCCUGCGCGGCACGUCCUGCAGCCAAAUCACCCAACUCGCCAUGGCCGACCUGCACAGCCUGAAAAACCCGCUCGCGAUAAAAUUCACCAAAAAGAACCCGCUGCACCCCUUCGACGACAGCACGUCGCUCGAGUUCUUCUCGCAGAAGAACGACGCCGCGCUCAUGGUGUUUGGCGUGCACAGCAAGAAGCGCCCCCACUGUUUGACGUUUAUCCGGCUGUUUGCGCACAAGCUGCUCGAUAUGUUUGAGCUGUACAUUGACCCGGACACGUUCCGCACGCUGUCGCAGUUCAAGAACAAAAAGUGCGCCGUCGGGCUGAAGCCUAUGAUUGCUUUUUCCGGCACCCCGUUCGAUAGCCCCACCCCCAACGCUUACACCCUCGCCAAGAACUACUUUACCGACUUCUUCAAGGGCCAGGACGCCCAGAGCGUCGACGUCGAGGGCCUGCAGUACAUGAUCCACUUUUCGGCCGGCGACGAGGUCGAGGGGUCCCCCGCGCCCCAGAUCCACAUGCGCGUGUACCUGAUCCGCACAAAGAAGAGCGGCCAGAAGCUGCCGCGCGUCGAGGUCGAGGAAAUGGGCCCGCGCAUCGACUUCCGCGUCGGAAGAGUCAGAGAGGCCGACGAGGCCGUCAUGAAGGAGGCGCUCAAGAAGCCCAAGCAGCUCGAGCCCAAGACGAAGAAGAACGUCGAGACGGACAUCAUCGGCGACAAGAUCGGCAGAAUACACCUGGGCAAGCAGGAUCUGGGCCAGCUGCAAACGCGGAAAAUGAAGGGUCUUAAGAGGAGGAGGGGAGACGAGGAGGAGGCGGAUGGAGAGACUAUGGUCGACGAGGAUGAGAGUGCCGACGAGGACCUGGAACCCGACACACACCCCAAGCGCGAGCGUCUAUAG